UGUGUCUUCACUGCAGGCGGGAUGUUUAUCAGCUGGGUCAGCUGUAUGUGACGUUUUUACUUAUGUAUGAUAUCACGAAAUCUUUGGUCCCUUUCCGCUUGUGAAAUUUGGUUUUUCUAGCGGACGGUAAGCAACUAGUCAACUAGUGCAAUUGAACCCGGGUUGAAAAAGUAUAAAAGGGCUUGUCUUUUUUUGUCGAUUUGAGGUAUACAAUGUAUGCAUUCCACGACGCUGAGGACGGAAGCGACAAAAAAGUCUUCCUUCCAGCCGAGCGAAAUGGGCAACCCAUUCUAGAAGUUUUAACCAGAUUUCUGGACUCGAAGACACCAGGUUUGCAGUUCCUCGAAAUAUCAUCAGGCACUGGUCAGCACGCACUUUACUUCGCAAAUCAGUUUCCAAAUAUCACAUUCCAACCCACCGAGUACGAUGAAGAACUUCUGGCCAGCAUUGCAGCUUACGCGGACGAAAGCCGACAUGGCAAUAUGAAGCAACCCUUAUUUGUUGACAUAUCUCAACCAUGUCUUUUGAAUUUCGCCGGACAAUUCGACUACAUACUUAACGUAAAUUUAAUUCACGUCAGUCCAUGGGCGUGCACAGAAGGGCUCUUUAGAACUGCAGGCCAUGUGCUAAAACCUGGCGGCUUGCUUUUGACUUACGGUGCUUUGGCUAUAGAUGGUGUUUUGGAACCGGAGAGCAAUCGGGAGUUUGAUGAAGCUUUGCGGAAACACGAUCCUGAAUGGGGUAUCCGAGAUUUGCGGGACUUAAAGCAGGAGGCUGCCAAGAAUGGUAUUGUAGUAAAGGAGGUAAUUGACAUGCCGUCAAAUAAUAAAAUGGUGGUUUGGCAGAAAAAUGAGCAAUAAUGAUUGCUUGGUUAUGAAAUAGAGUGAAAGCAUUCAACUGGCAGGGAGACUUUAAAAGCAAAAUAUUUAUUUAAGUAUAUUUUUGUGUAACCUCAUAAAUGGCUGGAAAUAAAUGUCGUGUGCCUUGUUUUCUGAUAA